AUGGAAGAGCCCAUCAAGAGAAUCCAUGCAAAAACAGUGAAGUCAAACGAUAUAAAGUUGGAGUGGAUACCAUUCACAACGGCACACAUUGCGACCUACAGUGUCGUAGCGGUGAUAGCGCUCGUCUACAAUGGUAUCUGUUUUGUUCACACAUGGUCGGAUGCCGUUGGUGAAACGGGACAUUUUUGA